AUGAAUCCCAUCUAUUUAUUAGCAUCGUAUUUUAUGUUAGUAGCGGCGUAUCCCUUAGAUUCGGAAGAUUGUGAGCUUUACGCGCCAAGCACAAUGCAUGAAUUCUGUUGCGAUAUACACGAUGAAAGCUCCGAAUUUAUGGAUUGUCAAAUUGAAUGGUCUGAUAAGAUUCACUACACCAACGACGAACAGGAAAUGAAUUAUAAUUUUUGCGUAUCUGAAUGUGUUUACAAUGCAACGCAUUAUUUGGGUGCGGAUCGGAAAUCUUUGAAAAUGGGACUCAUCAAGCAUCAUCUGUCAGAAUUGCAUGGAGAUGAAGCAUCCGAAGCGCUAAUGUUGAAAACAUAUGAAAUGUGUGGCAAACAUGCAAAAGAUAUGUUGGAACACAAGCACGUUAAGGAACUGGCGGAACGUUUAAAGAAAUAUAAUUGUCAUGUAUAUCCCGGUUUAGUCUUUGAAUGCGUCUCAAAUGAGUUAAUAUUGAACUGUCCACCAAAGCAAUACCACUCGAACGCGCCAUGUGAUCAUGCCAAAGAUUAUUUAAAAUCCUGCCUGAAGCAUAAAAAGAAUUGA